CGCGCCGGUAACAGCGUGCACAAAGCCGGCGGACUACGCGCCCAUAGCGCAGCAUCGCGUCACAUCGCUAAAGUGUCGCGGUCUUCUGCUCCGGCGACUAGUUGCAGCCGGCGAGUCUCCCCGUCACGCAUCCACGGCGAACAACAAGCCGCAUCAACUGACCGUUACAAGAGCGUCAGAGAAAAAAGUAUGGUGAUAAACAAAACUAUACAACUAGCGGUGCUCGUGACGGUGCUACUGUGGGAAUUCAAAACAGAAGCUGCCACUACAGCUACCAAAUUCUGUGGCCGCCAGUUGGGAGAAAUCAUGAGCAGAGUCUGCCACGCUUACAAUAGUCCCUCUUGGGAUGUGCCUACUGUGGUGGAACAAACGGGUGCCGUGGUAAGGAGGAAACGGCAAUUAGGCAUAGCAGAUGAAUGUUGCACUAUAGGAUGUACAUGGGAACAACUCAGUAAAUACUGUUCUAUCAGUGCAUAUUCGGAAGCUCCGUUGGACGAAUUAGAAGCGCACAUGAUAGCGGACCGGUCGGCAGAGGAGGAGGAGCAGAGCAGGCCGGACGCGCCGGCGGUGUUGAGCAGCGACAGCGUAGCAAGCGGGAGCGCGAGCACGGCGCUGUCGGCGCGGCGCGAGGUGGGACGCGCUCGGAGUCGCGGGUACGGGCGCGCUCGGGCUCGGGGUCGCCGGUGUUGGUGCCGGCGCAAGCGCCGCUCGGGCCGACGGCGAACCACUCUCAUGGGUAACACGCACCUCGUAAAAAAUGUAGCUCGCGCUGCGCCCGUGGUAGGCACCGUGUCGCCCCUUCUGACUUGGGGCCGGACUCUAAACACUGAUCUGCCAGCAGCAGACGGAGACCGAUACGCGUACAUUGCUGUCUAUACGUAGUUUUUGUUGGCUUGGCAGAGACUUGUUAGGAAGGUAGACUGGCGAAAACCUAGAAAUUUCGUUCCUCCCUAGAUGCAGCC